CAUACAUUUAGCUUUAGCCAAAAUUAGCUAGUUGUUCAAAUCAUAGAUACAUCUCACCGAAACGACUGUUUUUAUUUUCAACCGACAGCCUCCGUAACGAUUAUUUAUUUGGUGCUCUUCGGGUUUGCAGUGCCGCCAAACAUGUAUAUAAAAGCCUUAUUCCGAUGCAGGGACAUGCUGAAAGCAGAACUGAUCGUGUGAAAUGCUGGCUAGCCUAAUCAAAGCUAGCUGACGAGCAGGGGCCGAGAAACGAAAGUGGCUAACAUUAACGAGAGAUAAGCCUAUCACAAGACGCCUGGGUACUUAAACAUACCUGCCGCUCAAGCCACAACACGGAGGACUCACGGAGGUAGUUCCUUUCCUACAAAGUAGCAGUGGGUCUCUCACUAGGGAAGAGCCAUGGGUGCGUUCCUGGACAAGCCCAGGACGGAGAAGCACAACUCACACGCAGAGGGCAAUGGCCUCCGCUAUGGGCUCAGCUCCAUGCAGGGCUGGCGGGUAGAGAUGGAGGACGCUCACACCGCUGUGUUGGGACUUCCUGCUCCUGGCAUGACUGACUGGUCCUUUUUUGCCGUGUACGAUGGUCACGCUGGCUCAAGGGUUGCCAACUACUGCUCUAAGCAUCUUCUGGAACAUAUAAUAAGUGCUAGUUUAGGGGGCGGAGGAACCCAGGGCUCCCAGGCUGGCUCAGACAGCUCCAGCAGCGACCAAUCAGCACUGGUUCCUCCUACAGUGGAGGCUGUGAAAGCUGGGAUCCGGACAGGCUUCCUGAGGAUCGAUGAGCACAUGCGCAACUUCUCUGACUUUCGAAAUGGCAUGGACCGUAGUGGCUCCACAGCAGUGGGAAUCCUGUCGCCAGAUCAUUUCUUCUUCAUCAACUGUGGUGAUUCUCGAGGUGUUUUAUACCGCAAUUCACAAGUGUGCUUCUCCACGCUUGACCACAAGCCUUGCAACCCACGUGAGAGAGAGCGUAUCCAGAAUGCUGGCGGCUCGGUGAUGAUUCAGAGGGUUAACGGGUCACUGGCUGUAUCCAGGGCCUUGGGGGACUAUGAUUAUAAGUGUGUGGAUGGGAAGGGCCCCACAGAGCAGUUGGUUAGCCCCGAACCAGAAGUGUUUGAGAUGGUUCGGGCCCCGGAACAGGAUCAGUUUGUGAUCUUGGCAUGUGAUGGCAUCUGGGAUGUCAUGUCCAAUGAGGAGCUGUGUGAGUUUGUGAAGUCUAGGCUUGAGGUGACUGAUGACCUAGAGAGAGUCUGCAAUGAAGUGGUGGACACCUGCCUGCACAAGGGGAGUCGGGAUAACAUGAGUGUUGUGUUAGUGUGUUUGCCCAACGCUCCCAAAGUGUCGGAGGAAGCUGUGAGGAAAGACGCUGAGCUCAACAAAUAUCUGGAGUCUCGAGUGGAAGAGAUGCUGUCCCGGCCAGGGGACGAGGGGUUUCCUGACCUGGUAGCAGUGAUGAGGAACCUGUCCACCGACAUCAACAUGCCCUGUCUGCCACCAGGGGGAGGCCUUGCCAGCAAACGCAGUGUCAUCGAAGCAGUAUACAACCGUCUGAACCCAUAUAGGGAGGAAGAUGGGAGCGGAGCUGAGUUGGAGUACCACUGGUAGCUGUCCAGCACAACUGCCUGAUUCAAAAAACAAAACAGGACCACUUUUCCACUCAAGAUCACAUCCAUAGUCACCUUUUAUGUUCCUCUGGGAUUUUUUUUAUUUUGCUUUUUAUUUCCCACACCGAGAUCAAUCGAAGCAGACAUACUGGUUUUAAAACUAAUGUGGAGGAAUGCAAAACAGAUUUUGUUGGUUCUUUUUGUAGAACAAAAAAAUAAGAACAACUUCACUGAUAUCUGAAACAGAACUACAUAUACAGCAUAUUCAUCAGAGGAGAGGCAAACAAGCACAGUUUUUCUUGCCCCCUCCUUUUCUUGCUUUUCUUUUUGGUGGUUGUUUUUGUGGUGGAUUGACGGAGAGACACGGGAGCAGUACUGUUCUGAACACUUUAGGGCUCUAUGGUGCUUUUCUCACAACUGAGAGAGAAGGGAGACCCUCACAAACCUGAACCAGCCACUCAUGGAUGUUUGUAAGACACUGAAGAGACUAAAGUGGUUUGCUGGCUGCAUUUUUUUGGUGUUACUUGUUUUGAAGUGUGACCUUUACUUUGCACCUGACUGGCAGUCAAUCGACCACACAAGCCUGCGCUUCCCUCAAGCCAUGCUGUCCAGUUCAGUCAUGCUUGGGGUUCUGGGCAUUACUGGUACUCAAACAGGGGCCCAACACUUCACCUGGAUGCUGGAGGCAGCCUCACAGAACUCCUGGAUUUAAAACUCCCCAUGUCCUCGCUUUCCAAAGACUUCUUGGUCCACUUCAUAACCCGAGGCUACACGUCUGCACACGAGGGGAGCACUCGUGAGAGUCUGUCUGGCAACUCAUUUCAAUCUGGCUUCUCCACACUGCGUCCAAACUAAGACAGGACACGGGCCGGUGUGCCUGGCUGCAGAUAGGAGUUACAUUUGGAUGGUUUGAACUAAAGUGAGAGGACUCUUCUUGCACGUCCUUGCUCAUUUUCUCCCCUCCUGUCUCUUAAAGGAUGUUUGCAAACAGUUGAUUUCUCGCUCUUCUCCUCUGUCUCUUUCCUCUCUCUUCAUGUGACAGAAGAGACUCAGCUGUCAUUUGCAUCGGCAGACAAUGCCAGAAUCAUAAGCUUUUGAGCCUGCUGUUGUUAAAGAGAUAGAAAGAUAGAAAUUAUAUAUUAAAUUCAUAUAUAUAGAGAGAGAGAUAUAUAUAUUUUGAUUUGUGUGUUUCAUCUUGAUUCCCAUCCAUGGUGUUUGUUGUGGCCUAAUGUGCGUGUGGUCGGGACGUGUGCAUACAUUUUGCGUGUUGACAAAACACAGAAAAGUUGCACACAUAUGCCCUGUUUAGAGCUGGCAUCAACAUGCGUCUCAGAUGAUCUGAUCACAACUGGAUAGCACUAAAUACAGCUAUAAACAAGAGGUGGAUCGAUAUUGGUUUUUCAGGGCCGACACAGAUUAUUAGUAGUUAAUGAGACCGAUAACCGAUAUUUUGAACUGAUAUGCAUUUACAAUAAAAAUAAAAGUCUUUCCAUCAAUACUUAGAAUUCGGAAUAUAACAAACUCCAACACAAAACAAAACUGUUUAAAUGCCUUUAGCAAAUGUUUCAUCAAAACUGAAACUUUC